AUGUUCAAUAAAUUUGGUUAAUAACUAAGACCAUUAGGUAAUAGAUCCUCCUCUGAAACUAAAAAGGAAUAAUCUAACCAAAAAUAACAUAUUCAAAUAAUUCAAAAGAGAUAAAGGAGUGAAUCCAGAGGAGAUUCAAAUGAAGAAUAGAAAUCACUUAUUUAGAGUGUACCUGCAUAAAGGGCAAAUGUAAGAUUACCUGAUUUAAACAAAUCAAAAAAAUAAAUUGAAAAGUCAACAUCAGGAAGUGAUAUUACAAAAAAACCUCCUCUUCUUAAAAGUAGAAUUAUAAUAGAUUCUAAAUAAAGAUAACAAUAAUAAUAAUAAUAACAUGCUUUAUAUCAAUCAAUUCCUAUAAAGAGUUAAAAAGAAGAGAGUAUUUAGCAUUUGUAAUAAUAAAGACAAAAAAUGAAGAUCUCCUAUUUUAGUUAAUCACGACCUGGUUUUGAUGGAAUAUCAGAGAAAACAAAUUAAGAUAGAGAACUUUGUUUAUAAUUUGAUGAUAAUAAUUAUGCUUUUGUUGUACUGGAUGGACAUGGUAUGGAUGGAGAACAUGUCAGUAGUUAUGUUAAGGAACAAAUGAAAUGUAAAAAAUAAAUAUAUAUAUAAAUAUGUAGAUAAUUUGAAUAAGUUUUAUAAGGUGUUUGAUUUUUAAAAGAUAUUCUCUGAUAUCCAUUAAAAAAUGAAAUUAUAAACAGAAUUUGGAUGUUAAUUCUCAGGAACAACUGCAACUGUAAUAUUAUUAAAAGAAAAUAUUAUUUAAUGUGGAUGGGUAGGUGAUAGUAGAGCCAUUCUAGUAAGAAAAAAUCAAGAUUUAUCUGUUAUUGAAUUAUCAACAGAUCAUAAACCUCAUUUGGAAGGUGAAAGAUAAAGAAUAGAAUAAUGUGGAGGAGUUGUAGAUACAUAUCAUUUACCAAGUGGAGCACCUAUAGGUCCAUCAAGAGUAUGGGCUAAAGGAGCAUAAUUUCCAGGUUUAGCAAUGAGUAGAAGUUUAGGGGAUGUGGUUGCUGCAUCUAUUGGAGUAUCAUAAAUACCUGAAUUAAAAUUAGUAGAUAUGGUGAAUAAAGAGGAUUUAUUUAUUGUAUUAGGAUCUGAUGGAAUCUGGGAAUUUUUAGAUAAUUAAACUGUAUUAUGAGUUUAAAUAAUCAAGAUAGCAGAUAUGGUUUAUCCAUUUUAUACGAAGAAAGAUCCUUAAGGUGCUUGUUAAAAGAUUAUUUAGGAAGCUGUGGCUGCAUGGAAAGCCCAUAGUGAGGGUAUAGAUGAUAUUACUGCAAUAGUUAUAUUCUUUUAAUAUGAAUUAUGA